UGCAUACAUGAUUAGUGAAAGGACGCACCCCGCCCUUGUUUGCAAGCUUUUUGAGAGAAAGAGAACUGAAAGAGUUUUGUAAAUGGCUUCUGGAGAGUCUGGAAGAGGACCCCAGAACAAACUGAGGGACGUACUUAAUAUACAAGUCGAGGUGACAGAGAGGCUACUUGAUGCAGAAGAACAAAAGCUAAAGCUCCUCAAGGCAGAGAUAGAUGUAUGCAGACACAGCAAAGAAGACGUUUCGACAAAGAGCAAGGAGCUGGAGAUGCAGGAAAAUACAUUACUGAGAAUACGGUCACAAUAUCAGAGACUCCUACAAGAGAUGCAGACAAUGGGAGUCAGGCAUAAAAGGAAUCUCAAGAUAUCUCGAAGUUUGCCUGCUAUUGGAAUGAAGCAGACACCUAAAAGAAGACCGUCAGUAUUUGAUCAUGUCGUAUCCAAGGAAGCGCUUGUUGAAACGAAAGUCACUGAAUAUCAGAAAAUCGUUGAGGAGAAUCGUCGCUCAGUUCCGCUGGAAGACAGCAAGCUUUCAUUAGUUUUCACAACACAGCAACUAGCUGAGGAGCUGCAGUACAGUGAUGGUGUAUUAGUAGCUGGUUCUCUUGAAGGACUUAUACAGCAACUAAUACCAACUACUUCAUAUUAUCCAGAGAGAGCUUAUGUCUUUGCUUUCCUGCUAUGCUCGAGGCUAUUUGUCUCACCUCACCAUUUGCUAGGAAAAUUAUUUCGAAUAUUCCAACAUGUCAUGAGACAGCAAGCAUCCGCUGGAUCUUCAUCACUUAAAAGAUCAAGUGCUUCGCCUGUUCGAUUCAUUCAGCUCAUUCGAGAGUGGACCGAGACUUUUCCGUAUGAUUUCCGAGACGAGAAAAUGAUGAGAGCCUUAAAAGAUGUGACUCAACUCUGCUCCACACAUCUACCAGAACAGAGAAGGGAAAUUGGACAACUUCAGUCUACUCUUAUACAAAAACUCUCUACUUUGGAUAAAUAUGAGCACAUACUGGGGCAAGUUAAUUCAGUUGCAAUGCAGAGAUUAAUGGACCCAAGAACACAGGUUGAUAUACUGAGGACUUGUUCUGAACCACUAGACCUUGCAAGACAGCUAACCCACAUUGAAUUGGAAAGAUUGAAUAACAUUGGCCCAGAGGAGUUCAUUCAAACAUUUGUUAAAUCACCCACUGAUUCCACUGAUGUGAAGAAGACUAGCAACAUAGAGGCAUACGUGGAGUGGUUUAACAGGCUGAGCUAUUUAGUUGCAACAGAAAUAUGUGUAUCUGACAAGGAGAGGAAUAGAAUCAGGCUGAUGGAGUUUUUUGUAGACACUGCACUCGAGUGUCAGAAAUUGAACAACUUUAACUCUUUCAUGGCUAUAGCAACUGGAUUGUACAUGAGUCCUGUUGUGAGACUGAAGAAGAUGAGGUCUAAACUUAGCGUUGAGAAAUUAGAAGAGCUAGAGCGAUUGCUGGAUCCUAGUGGAAAUUUUGCUAACUAUCGAUCAAAACUUGAGAGAGCUACAAUAUCAGCAAGAACAAUGAAGAUGAACACUUGUGUGGUACCUUUCUUCUCUCUCAUAGUAAAGGACUUGUACUUUCAAAAUGAAAGCAUGAGCGACAAGCUACCGAACGGAUUCAUUAGAUUUGAGAAAUGCUUGGCUCUUGCAAGGCUGGUAUUACCAGUACUAACAUGGAGAGAUACUGUUCUGCCCUACGAGAGAAAGAGGCUACUACUGAACUACCUAAUGACUGUUCCUAUACAUACUGAUGAUGAACUAUUAUUAGUAUCUUAUGAAAUUGAAGCACCUGAUAAUCCAAGAGAGAAGCAACAUUAUCAGCAAUUGAAAGGGUUACUAGGCUCCUAUGCUCGCUGUAUUAGUAAAGGAGGCACUGUGUCUGGUGCCUUCGCUUCGUCAACAUUAGCUGCCUAUCCAGUCCAGAAAGAAAAACAAUAACAUGAUCUUAACACACACACACACACACACUCUGUAACUAUUAUUAUUAUUUUUAACACUUGUGCAAUAUAAUGCUGGUAUUUAUAUGCAGGCAUAUGCAGAACAACCACUGUAUAAUAAUACACAUAGUAUUAAUGAUGUAAUGUAAUGUGGACUUGUUUUUACUCCUCAGAAAUGAUUAUUUAUAAUUGUUGUAACAAUUUCAAAAAUUGAUAUUGUAAGAAAGUA